AUGGCACUCGAGCAACCCAUGUUGAAAGAGUCUCGCCGAAACCAAAAGUUGGAUCUAAUCCAUAGAGAAGCCCAUGUUCAGGCUAUUAAUCUGCCAACAAUAAGCAGCAGUCCUCAUGUUUCUUAUCAUGAUGCCAACGGUCGAUUGGAAUCGUUUAGGAUGCUCGAAAAUGAUGUGCCGAGUGGUCCUCCUGAGACGAAACUAGCAUGGUUGCGGUCUCAAGUCAUCGGCAGUGAUGUGGAGUUCGACACUCCUUUCGGAAAACGCAGGCUUACCUAUGCUGACUACACUGCCUCCGGCCGAUGUCUUCACCAUAUUGAGAACUAUAUCAUCAACAAUGUUCUUCCAAUUUAUGGGAACAGUCAUACAAGUGACAGUUACGUGGGGGAUCAAACUACAAAAAUGGUGCAUGAAGCAAGUAAGUAUGUCAAGUCUUGCUUAGGGGGCAAAGACGAAGAUGCAAUCCUGUUUGUUGGAUCCGGUACAACGGCAGCCAUCAAACGACUUCAAGAGGUUAUGGGAAUUGCUGUAGCAUCAACCAUGAAGAAUAGGGUGUUGAUGAGCCUGAGGGAUGAAGAAAGAUGGGUUGUGUUUGUUGGACCAUACGAACACCACUCGAACCUCCUCUCGUGGCGCCAAAGCUUAGCAGAAGUUGUAGAGAUAGGUCUAGAUGAAAAUGGCCUAAUCGACAUUAAAGCUCUAACAUACCAACUCGAGUUAUACCAGCAGAUAAAUCGUCCUAUGUUGGGUUCUUUCUCAGCUUGUAGUAAUGUCACCGGAAUUUACACUGACACGCGCGCCCUUGCUACACUACUUCAUCAAUAUGGUGCUUUCGCAUGCUUUGAUUUUGCUGCAAGUGGUCCUUAUGUGGAGUUUGACAUGAGAUCUGGGGAGGUAGAUGGAUAUGAUGCAAUUUUUCUUAGUCCACAUAAGUUUGUCGGAGGACCUGGCACUCCUGGAAUUCUUCUAAUGAACAAGGUCCUCUAUCAAUUAGGAUCUUCACCACCUUCAACUUGUGGUGGAGGAACUGUGAGCUUUGUCAACGGAUUCAGUGAAAAGGACACUCUAUAUUAUGAAGAUGUGGAAGAGAGAGAGGAUGCUGGAACGCCGCCAAUUAUUCAGAAAAUGAGAACAGCAAUGGCUUUUUGGGUAAAAGAAUACAUUGGUUACGAAGUCAUUAGAAAGCAGGAGCACAAUUUCAUAGAAAGAGCACUUGACAGGCUUUCUACCAAUCCAAACAUUUGGGUAUUAGGGAAUACUAGUGUAGAGAGGCAAGCUAUCUUGUCCUUCAUUGUAUUUUCCACCACAAACUCCUCCGUUGUUGACAUGAAAAACAAGAGCUUCACAGAUGAAAACGGUACAAGUACUAAAGAAGGAAAUUUCAUGUGGAGAGAGUUUGGGAACAGGAGAGAUAAGCCCCUUCAUGGUCCUUUUGUUGCAAAGCUCCUCAAUGACCUUUUUGGCAUCCAAGCUCGGGGUGGGUGCGCUUGUGCUGGGCCCUAUGGUCACCAUCUCCUCCAUGUCGAUGAGCCUCAUUCACGUGCCUUCAAAUCUGCCAUCCAAAAGGGUUACAACGGAGUGAAGCCUGGAUGGACACGACUCAACUUUGCUUACCACAUGUCAGUAGAAGAGUUCGAAUUCAUUCUAGCUGCAUUGGAAUUCAUAGCCAUGUAUGGCCAGAGAUUCCUUGUGCUCUAUGACUUCAACUGGAAAACAGGCAACUGGACUUUCAAGAAGAAGGCAGUCAAAGAGAUUGAGACAAUCAAACAGUGUAGAAAAGAGUUCAACAACUUGUUGAUCUCUGGCGCUUUCCAAACAGCCAAUUUCGAAGAUAAUGAAGCAAAUACUGAUAACAAUACCAUUGAGAUGAUCCACAAGUAUGUGUCUUACUUGCAGACUGCUAAGAGAAUUGCUCAUUCUCUCUCAAAGUUUCCUCCUCCUGGAAAGGUUCCAAAAGAGAUAGAUCUUGACCUUGUGAAUUUCAGAGUCUAGUAUUGACCAUCUCUCUUUUUUGUGUGUUUGUCACAACUUUAUUCUUAUUAUGUAUACUGAAUU